AUGAAAGAGGAAUGGAAAAAGGAAAUGAAGGAUGGAAUACGGGAAAUUAGGGAGAUGCUGAGGGAAGAAUUAAGAGGACAUAUAGGAGAUUUGAAAAAGGAAAUGGAGGGGUUGGUAAAGAUGAGGUUAAACGAGAGGGAAAAGUUAUGGGAGAGAGAAAGAGAGGAUCUAAAGGAAAAGGUAGAAGGUUUAGAGCAGGAGAUAAUUAAGCUAAAAUCAAGGGAAGAGGGGAAGGGGAAGAUAGGGGAGGAAAAAGGGGGAGAAAUGGAAAGGAAAUUAAAAGAGAUGGAGAAAUGGAGAGAAAUGAAAGAAAGGGAGGAGAGGAAAAGGAAUGUAGUGGUAAGAGGGGUAAGAGAGGGGAUAAAAGAAGUAGAGAUAAAAGUAAGGGAGUUAAUACAAGAACUAGGAAUAGAGGCGGAGAUGGAGGAUUUGAAAUGUGUAGAGAAUAGAACAGAGGAGAAGAAGGGGACGGCGAUAGUUAAAAUAAAAAAAGUGAAAGGAAAGAAAGAGAUAAUGAAAAGCAGAAGAGAAGUAAAAGAUAAGGAGAUAAGAAUUGACGAUGACUUGACAUGGAAAGAACGGAAAAUGAGAUGGAACCUAGAGGAGGUAGCGAGAAGGGAAAGAAAGAAAGGAAAAAGAGUAAGAGUAAGUUAUGGUAAGAUUCAAAUAGAAGGUAAAUGGUGA